AGCACGGAACAUUUUGAUGAACGGACCGGAAACAGCGUGCAUUCCAACAGCGAACAUAUUCACCAGACAGAAAUCCAUCCAUAAACAGAAAUGCUUCGGAGUGGAUCAGCACUGUUAUUCAGGCAGAUUGUCAGGAACGGAUCCACAGAUGCCAGUCUCAUCUUGGAGAGAUCCAUUAACCGGGUACAGCUGCUGGGGCGUGUGGGCCAGGACCCUGUUAUGAGACAGGUUGAAGGUAGAAACCCCGUCACCAUUUUCUCUAUGGCCACGAAUGAGAUGUGGCGCUCGGGAGAGGGAGAGAUCCCCAUGACAGGAGAUGUCAGUCAGAAGACGACGUGGCACAGAAUCUCAGUGUUCAAGCCCGGUCUAAGAGAUGUGGCCUAUAACUAUGUAAAGAAAGGGUCUCGGAUUCUCGUCGAGGGGAAGCUUGACUACGGAGAGUAUGUGGACAAGAACAACGUGAGACGGCAGGCCACCACCAUCAUUGCAGAUAACAUUGUCUUUUUGAGUGACGUGCGGGAUCGAGAGUAAAGGAUUUUCCUGGAAGCUCAUUAAACAGUACACAAUGUGUUAUGAUAUUCUUGUUAUUUGUUCUUUUGUGUGACUGUUUGUUCAGCAGUUGAAUGAAGGUAUUAUAAUUAUGUAUGACUUCCUUAUGUGAACAGAAGCUAACAGGUUUGACCAAACCUUACAGUGAAUUUAUACUCUUCUUCAAAAACAUAUUUGGUUUCAUUACUGAUAUACUCUUACCUUGUAUUGUAAUAAAAAAAUAUACUGAACUCC